AUGCGCAAUUAUCUCUCCAUCGCCGUCCUCCUAGCAGGUAACAUGGCCAUGGGUCAGCUAGACGCAUGUCCGCCAGAAUCACGUCCGAAGGCGUUGGUCUACCGUAAACCAGCUGCUUGUAAUGGCUGUCCGGAAUCAGUGGCUGCGCUUCUCCGAUCUUCCUCUUCUCACUUUGAUGUUCAGUAUGCGGGCCCCAAUGAGAACAUAGAUGUCAAGGAAGAAACAUUGCGGGAAGUUCAGCUUUACGCUCAGCCAGGGGGUGGCAGUCUUAAACCAGCAUGGGAUCAUACAAAGAAAUACAAAAAAGCCAUUCGUGAUUUUGUUGCGCGCGGGGGCCGAUAUGCCGGGUUCUGCGUUGGGGCAUACAUGGCAGGCAACAGCCCUGACUUCGAUACUCCAGGCUUCGAUAUUCUCCCUCCCCGCUCUAUUACAGGCGAAGAAAUUGUUCAGCCAGGGGCGCAGGUAAAAAACUCCCGAAACACUAUAAUUCAGGUGAACUGGCACUUUCAAACAGGCCCGGAAAUGGGCGAGCUACAGAGCGGCCGUUGGUUGUUCUUCCAGGAUGGAGCAGUUAUAGAAUUACCGCAAAAUGCGUCUGCCAUCAUCCUAGGAACGUACUUAAGCAACAAUAACAUUGCUGCUUCGGUCACACCCUUUGGGAAUGUGUGGGUGGGGGUUGUCGGUCCUCGCCCAGAGGCUGAUGGAAGUUGGUAUAGGCCAUAUGAUUUGAUUAACCCAGAUGGUAUACGAUUUGAUAUUGGGUAUGACUUUGUGGAGACCAUCAUGGCUCAAUCGAGCGAAUAG